AGCGCCAUGGAUGCCUUGGAGCCGCAGCCCGACCCCGACGGCGGGGACGGCCCAGGCCAGGAGCCUGGGGGCAGCCCCCAAGAAGAGUUGGACUUCUCCAUCCUCUUCGAUUAUGACUAUUUGAACCCCAUCGAAGAAGAACCGAGCACACAUAAGGCCAUCAGCUCACCCUCCGGACUUGCAUACCCCGAUGAUGUCCUGGACUAUGGCCUCAAGCCAUACAGCCCCCUCGCCAGUCUUUCUGGCGAGCCCCCCGGCCGCUUUGGAGAGCCGGAUAGGAUAGGGACCCAGAACUUUCUGAGCCCCGCCAAGCCAACAGGGGCCUCAGGCCCAAGCCCUCGGAUCGAGAUCACUCCAUCCUAUGAACUGAUGCAGGCAGGGGGGGCCCUCCGUGGGAGAGAUGCCAGCCUGGUGCCUGAGCCGCCGGCCCUGGCCCUAGCCGGGGUGGCCGCCAGCCCGAGGUUCACGCUGCCCGUGCCAGGCUUCGAGGGCUACCGCGAGCCCCUCUGCUUGAGCCCCGCUAGCAGUGGCUCCUCUGCCAGCUUCAUUUCCGACACCUUCUCCCCCUACACUUCGCCCUGCGUCUCGCCCAAUAACACCGCAGGGCCGGACGACCUGUGUCCCCAGUUUCAAAACAUUCCUGCUCAUUAUUCCCCCAGAACGUCGCCAAUAAUGUCACCUCGAACCAGCCUCGCCGAGGACAUCUGCCUGGGCCGCCACUCGCCCGUGCCCCGUCCAGCCUCCCGCUCCUCCUCACCCGGUGCCAAGCGGAGGCAUUCCUGCUCCGAGGCCUCGGUUACCCCUGUGCCCGGAGCCUCACCCCAGCGCUCCCGGAGCCCCUCUCCGCAGCCCUCGCCGCGCGUGGCAGCCCAGGACGACGGCAUCCCCGCCGGGUACCCCCCCACGGCUGGCUCUGCGGUUCUGAUGGAUGCCCUCAACAGCCUCGCCACGGACUCGCCCUGCGGGAUCCCCUCUAAGAUCUGGAAGACCAGCCCCGAUCCCACCCCCGUGUCUGCCGCCCCAUCCAAGGCCGGCCUGCCCCGCCACAUCUACCCUGCAGCCGUGGAGUUCCUGGGGCCCUGCGAGCAGGACGAGAGGAGGAAUUCAGCUCCGGAGUCCAUCUUGCUGGUGCCCCCCACCUGGCCCAAGCAGCUGGUCCCUGCCAUUCCCAUCUGCAGCAUCCCUGUGACCGCAUCCCUCCCUCCACUUGAGUGGCCACUCUCCAAUCAGUCCGGCUCCUAUGAACUGCGGAUCGAGGUCCAGCCCAAGCCCCAUCACCGGGCCCACUAUGAGACGGAGGGCAGCCGAGGUGCUGUCAAAGCCCCAACGGGAGGUCACCCUGUGGUGCAGCUGCAUGGUUACAUGGAGAACAAGCCCCUGGGACUUCAAAUCUUCAUUGGGACGGCCGACGAGAGGAUCCUCAAGCCGCAUGCCUUCUACCAGGUACACAGGAUCACAGGCAAAACCGUCACCACUACCAGCUACGAGAAGAUUGUAGGCAACACCAAGAUCCUGGAGAUUCCACUGGAACCGAAGAACAACAUGCGGGCCACCAUCGACUGCGCAGGCAUCCUGAAGCUACGAAAUGCUGACAUUGAGCUUCGAAAAGGGGAGACGGACAUCGGCAGAAAGAACACCCGGGUGCGGCUGGUAUUCCGCGUCCACGUCCCAGAGCCCAGUGGCCGCAUCGUCUCUCUGCAGACAGCAUCCAACCCCAUUGAGUGCUCCCAGCGCUCCGCCCACGAGCUGCCCAUGGUGGAGAGACAGGACGUGGAUAGCUGCCUGGUCUACGGGGGCCAGCAGAUGAUCCUCACCGGCCAGAACUUUACAGCUGAGUCCAAGGUCGUGUUCACAGAGAAGACCACAGAUGGGCAGCAGAUUUGGGAGAUGGAAGCCACGGUGGAUAAAGACAAGAGCCAGCCUAACAUGCUUUUUGUUGAGAUCCCUGAGUAUCGGAACAGGCAUAUCCGUAUACCCGUAAAAGUAAACUUCUACGUCAUCAAUGGGAAAAGAAAACGAAGCCAGCCACAGCACUUUACCUACCACCCAGUCCCAGCCAUCAAGACGGAGCCAAGUGAUGAGUGUGACCCCUCUUUGCUCUGCAGCCCUGCUCAUGGAGGCCUAGGGAGCCAGCCCUAUUAUCCACAGCACCCGAUGCUGGCUGAGUCCCCCUCCUGCCUUGUGGCCACCAUGGCCCCCUGCCAGCAGUUCCGCUCUGGGCUGUCAUCCCCCGAUGCCCGUUACCAGCAGCAGAACCCUGCAGCCGCCCUCUACCAGAGGAGCAAGAGCCUGAGCCCAGGCCUGCUGGGCUACCAGCAGCCAGCCCUGCUGGCAGCACCCCUGGGCUUGGCUGAUGCCCACCGAUCUGUGCUGGUACAUGCCGGCUCCCAGGGCCAGGGUCAAGGCUCAACCCUGCCGCACACGUCCCCAGCCAGUCAGCAGGCUUCACCCGUGAUCCACUACUCACCCACCAACCAGCAGCUUCGCAGUGGGGGCCACCAAGAGUUCCAGCAUAUCAUGUACUGUGACAACUUCGGUCCCAGCUCCACCAGGCCUGGCCCAACCCCCAUCAGCCAAGGCCAGAGGCUGAGCCCAGGCUCCUACCCCACAGUCAUCCAACAACAGAAUGCCCCGACCCAAAGAGCUGCCAAAAACGGACCCCCGGUCAGCGACCAGAAGGAAGCCCUACCCGCUGGAGUGACAGUCAAACAGGAACAGAAUCUGGACCAGACCUACCUGGAUGAUGAGCUGAUAGACACACACCUUAGCUGGAUACAAAACAUAUUAUGAAACAGAGUGACUGUGAUCUUUGAUCCAAGAAAUCAGAGUGAAAGUUAAUGAAAUCAUUAGAAAGGAGUUUUCAGGACCUCCUCCCAGAAAUGAAACAUAGAUGCCACCUUGAUAGCCAAGUGCAUUCCAUACCUGGAUCCCCCCGACAGUUCCCCUUCCGUCUCCGACCAUCUCCAACUGGAACAGUGUGUGUGGGCACAAUACCGGCUGGUGGUAUAGAAGUCCACCGUCUCUCUAAAGUGCAUUUCAGCUGAUGUUCCUGGUGCCUGGAUGAAACAGCAAGUUUUUGCCUGUUGACCAAAGCCACAUUCUGAACGUGACAGGAUGCCCCAGCUUGCCUGAGCCCUGGGGGACAGGCUAGAAAACAGAACUGGAGGUGCUGUGAUUAAGCUGCAGCCCUGUGUUCAUUUUCCCAGCUCACAGACAUGGAUCCUCACCCUUGUGAAGAAGGGUUUUCAAAUAGAGCAACCAAAAAGAACAUGGCCCAAGAGUCUGAUUCAUGGACUCAAGAUCCCCAAAUCUCUGUAGGGAGUGAAACUGGACCGUUCUCCAUGCCCCAGCUGGGCCACAGCAAAAGCUUUAUUUUGAAAUUUUCUCUUUCCAAAGCCAAACUGCCUUGCCCAGACAAGAUCACCUUUUGAAACUUCUCAGUGUUAAGUUAUAACAUGUAUCUGUUUUCUGCUGUUUUUUUUUUUUUCUCUCUCUCUCUCUCUGCUUCAAGGAGCCAGCCAAAGAGGCUGCAGGCUGAAUUCCCUCAGCCAGCUACUCUCUAACCCUGUUGCCCAUGCCAGAGCUAACGCAGUGUCCAGGACUUGGGGGAGCCAGCCCAGGCUGCCCACGGAGGGGACCUGCUAGGCUACAUCUUUUGCACUGGCUACUUCCUAAUGCUCUGCUUCCCUGCCCUCCUCCCAGCAGAGCCUCCUCCACUAAGGAGCGGAGGAAGAACUGCAGGUCCUUCCAUUGACUGUUGAGGAACCACAGAAGGGCUAACCCAAACCAAGCAAAACCUGUAGGUGCUUCUGUUAAAAUGCCUCUGUGUGAUUCCCAUCAAAAUGAAGCUAACGGGCUGAAAUCUCCCUCUGCCCUAAAUUUGAAACAGGGAAGUACAAGCUUUGCCCUCACUGUUCUGACUUUAACCCCAGUUCAUUGAAAGCCCCCAUCAGCCUCAAAGUACUAUCUCUGUAAGUUGCAGAUCUAACCCAGUGCAUGCUUUAGCAUGAGCAAGCUCCACUCAACCUACAGAAUUCUCUGCGCUGUUUCUCUGCCCCAGGCACACUGCAGUUCUCCACAGUCUUCCUUCCCUGGUGCAAUUUUUUCCCCCUUUUUUCCAGCAAAGCCUUCAGACUUGUGAGCAGGAGACUUUUUAUCACACAAAUGUGUUUCUGCUAACUUUUUCCGCAAACACUCCUGUGCAAGUUGGGCCCUCUUCCAGCUGUUUUCCCAGGAAUCACACCAAGUAGGAGUGUCCUCCUCAUUUGUGUAUAGAAAGCCUGCACGCAGAGCAGAAGACCUGAAAAGCAAGCCAUGACCGCUAGCUACCCUCACUGGCCUUCUUGUCAAGGUUCUCUCAAGGCAAGCCUUCCUGAGAGCUGAACCAGGUGUGGCUGGCCCUCCAGACAGAGGAGCCACGGGCACAAUUUAGCCCGAGCAGGAAAAACUUGUGUAACUGCUUAAUCAAUAUCUAAUGUUUCUUUUCCCUACAAGCACUGGACUUCUCCUCCACCUAUCCCAACCAUAGACCUGAGCAAAAUUCUUUUAAACACACAGAAUGUCUCUAAGAAGUGGAGCGCUCUGCAGGCCAAAUGCUUUUAACAAAGAAGGUCCCCUCUACUGGUAGCUCUAUGGACAGGGUUUUCUCCCCAACAAUACUGACUUACACUAUACUGACUUCUCUGGGGAAGGAGAAUGAGGGUUUGGUGGACCAUUGGUCUUCACGUGCCCUGGCUGUCAGCUACUUUUUGCACACGAUGAAAUCAGGCCUUCCUCAGAUAUCUGAACACUUUACCCAAGUGCCUUCCUGCUCUGGUGGCCAAGUGACUUGGCUUCAAUGUUCAUUGAGUGAAAAGGGGCUAAUGCAUUUUCCUUCAGCUGCUCCCCAUGUGAGCCGAAAGGCUUCCCAGUAGCUGGGACUCCUGGACCUUGAUGUGCGCAUGUGUGAACCAUGCAAAUCACCAUCCCUGUCUCUAAGACAUCUUAGCCAGAUAGUCUAGGAAGCACUUUCAUAAACAACUAUACCAAAUAACCAAGGAAAGAAAAUAGCAUUUGUUUUAAGACAAAGAGGCCAGAGAAAGUGUUUGGGAACCGACAGCGAUCAAGAAAGUUUAGUCAGUGACAGAUGGUGGGAGGACACGUCACUGGGAGAGAUUGCUUAUGAACUAUUUCCAGGAUGGGAAGAGACAGUUGGAUGCCUGGAUAGGAAAGAUGAGUGUGUCACGUGUGGGUCAAAAGGGUCGAAGCUGAACUGUGUGCUUGUUACAUCCACAGUGACAUUGAUGGAGCGAGCAUCCUGGCACCCUGACAGCUCCAUUUUACUGAAUGUAAUCCAUCUAUAAAUUCUGCACCUCUUUCUGGACUGUACAAAGAUACUGCUGCUUGCUAAUAUAUAGCAACCCAAAUUAGUGUGCUAUUAAAUUUUAUUUUCUUACCUGUAUUUUUAUGCUUUUUACCUGCCCUCAAAAUAUCGUACCGCUGUUGGGAGUUUAGAAAAUAUUUAUAAAUGGUCAGAAAUCUAAGUGUCUCUUUUUACACACACACACACACACACACACACACACACA